UGGAAUUCACUUCAUUACUCUGGACGGGAAGCUAUGGCCAAAUCAGUGAUACCGUUUUCGAUAUGUACAGUGUUCUUGUUCCUCGUUGCAACGGCCCGAGCUGACGACUUCCAGUGCCCGGACAACUCAACUGCGAUUACACGCCUGAAGAGUCACGUGUUCUGCAACUAUGACCCCUAUAUUCGUCCAGUUCGACUGUACAACGAAACAGUUGAUGUCAGACUUCGUCUUGUUCUGAAGAAGAUUCACUUCGAUGAGAAGAGAGACACCGUGCACGUUUACAGCCUUUUUGGAUUGAUUUGGACAGACUACCACCUUUUGUGGAACCCAGCCGAAUAUGAAAAUAUUGAAGAACUCCGCGUGAGCAGUUACAGCCUCUGGACUCCUGACAUCGGUGUAUACACUUCAGCUGACGAGACAUCAUUUACGCCGUACAUGCGUCCUACAAUUUGCAUCGUACACAGCGACGGCAAAGUUAAUUGCGUCCCGCCCUCGAGGCACACAGCUAGCUGCUCGGCCGACUUGACGCGGUGGCCGUACGACACACACACGUGCGACUUGGUGCUGGGCUCCUGGACGCACACGGGCGAGAAAGUCAACAUAUCGCUUAUGAAACCAAGCAUUUACUUACACGAUUACAAUAUGAACCGUGAAUGGGAGUUGGUCUCGAUGACGUCAUAUAGGGAGUCUGGCCGGUUUCCCUGUUGUCCGAAUGACACCUACCCCGCAGUCAUAUUUCAGAUUGUUCUGCAGAGGCACUCAGGAAGUUACACCGCCAUUGUUGUCGCUCCUGCAAUCGUUCUGAUUCUGAUGACACUGGUGACCUGGAUGAAAGGUGAUCAGUCAGACCGGAUGAUCUUCGCUAUUACUGAUGUGUUCGCUCACUUCCUUUUUCUGCAGUACUUGGGGAACAUACUGCCCCCCAAUGGGGACAGCUCUCCUCUGAUUGUGACUUUCUACCGGGACUCCAUGUUCCUGGCGACCAUGGCUGUCUUAACAACUGUUAUUGUACGGGGUUUGCGGAAGGCAUCUGGUUCUCCUCCAGUCUGGAUAUCAGGCCUCUCCAGUUUGGUCCUUCAGAAUCGCUUUGGACAAAUAUUAAUCUUCCACAGCUUAGACCCAAAGGGCGCUGCUGCUGUAUCCGAGACAUCUGGUGACGAGGGCGAUAGCCUCGUGGAUGGGGCUGACUCUCAGGCUUCAUCCUCGUGGACCACUUUCACAUCCUUGCUCGAUGUGACCUGCCUCGUCGUCGCUUUGGUCACGUAUUUCGUACUUCUACUGGGAUUUAUCCCUUAAGGCACGUUCUCUCAACCGUGGAAGUACAAAUUUAUGGUUGAAGCUAUCUCUGUACUUUCUAGCAGCUCGUUAAUAUGUUUUGUCAUUAAAUUCUUGGUUUAAAUAAAAGCUGAACUUCCUUAAUCUA